CUGGCCGUUCCAGCCGUUCCAGCCGAGGUGCUAAUCCAGCAGCAGAUUGCGUUUCGGUUUCGAUUUCAGCCCGAGGAGCACGCGGCAGAGUCAGUUGGCCGACGACCGCGAUCGCGACAGCACCACUUUCACCCAGCCCAGCGGACGGAUCAUGGCCAAGCCCCAGCACAUCCUGCAGCUGAGUGAGGAGCAGCGGAGCAGCUUCGUCGGCUCCUUCGACCGCGUGCUCAGCGACAUCGAUGGCGUCCUCUGGACCAUGGAGCACAACGUGCCGCGGGCGGCCGACGGAUACGCCGCCCUGGAGCGGAGUGGCAAGCACCUGACCUUCGUGACCAACAACAGCGUGCGCACGGUGGAGCAGUGCGUCCGGCGCUUCGCCAAGAUCGGGAUGCAGGUGCAGCCGGAGCAGAUCUGGCACCCGGCCCAGUCCGUCGUCAAGUACCUGCGGGGCAUCGACUUCCAGGGCCUCAUCUACAUCAUCGCCAGCCCGCCGUUCAAGGCGGUGCUCCGCGAGGCGGGAUUCCAGCUCCUGGAUGGGCCCAACGCGUUCAUCGAGGAGAGCUACGAGAGCCUGGCGAAGAACAUCUUCGACAAGGAGCCGGUUCGCGCCGUCGUCAUCGACGUGGACUUCAACCUGAGCUCGCCGAAGAUGCUGCGGGCCCAUCUCUACCUGCGCCGCCCGGAGUGCCUGCUCAUCGAGGGCGCCACGGACCGCCUGCUGCCGGUGGCCAAGGGCGUCAACAUCAUCGGGCCGGGGGCCUUCGCCUCCAUCCUGGUGGAGGCCAGUGGGAGGCAGGAUCAGUGCCUCACGCUGGGCAAGCCGGGCCGCCAGCUGGGCCAGCUGAUCGUGGAGCACUACCGGAUCGAGCAGCCCAGCCGCGUGCUCAUGAUCGGCGACAUGCUGGCCCAGGACAUUGGCUUCGGGCGCCAGUUCGGCUUCCAGACCCUACUCGUCCUCAGCGGCGGCUGCACGCGGGAGCAGCUCCUGGCGGAGACGGACCCGCGCCACAUCCCGGACUUCUACGCGGACAGCAUGGCCGACGUGGCCCAGCUGCUCGGCGAGGCGCCCAGGGCGCAUGUCUAGUCCGGAGAAAGGUGGAAACAGAGCAGGUGGAGCAGAGGGAGUGCUAGUUUUAUGGGUACCUGGGAAAUGAUUCAUCAUGGCUAUCAGCACAAUACCGUAUUUUAUUCGUUAUCUGAAAUAUAUUACACACUAAGCGAGGAAAAGGGUAUACUUAUGCGGGGAUUGGGGUUUCCCGGAGGCAAAGGUCUUGCCAUCGUUGCAUUCUCUGAAACAGAAAAAUGAGAUCAUACUUAUAAUAUUUUGGAAUCUGUUUCAUUAUAGUUAUCUAACUCACACUAAAUAAACAAAACAAAAUUACUCGAAAAAGCAGAGACGAGCUUUGGGGAUUUAAGCAUAGGAAAUAUUGUGUUUAACAAGUCCAGCUAUUUUUUUUAAUUUUUAAUUUAGAGGGUAUAAAACAUUCCAAAAAAUGUAACACAAAAUAUUAUCAUUUCUUAAUAUUUGUAUACAAUAUUAAAUAUUUCAUAGAAUAUA